AUGCCUGCAGCACAUAUUGAAAAACCACUACGGAUUUCAAUCGACCGAGGUGGAACUUUUACAGACUGUGUGUGCAAAGUUACCGGUCAAGAUGAUAUCGUGAUAAAAAUUCUUUCUGUCGACACCAAAAAUUAUCCCGAUGCACCGACAGAAGCUAUUCGACGUGUCUUUGAGAAAUACCAUGGACGGCCAGUCCCGCGGGGUACAGAACUCGACCUCGAGGAUGUGGAAUGGAUUCGAAUGGGCACAACAGUCGCUACAAAUGCUUUACUAGAGCGAAAGGGGGAGCGAACAGCCUUUCUGGUUACAGCCGGAUUCAGAGAUAUCCUUCAGAUCGGUAAUCAAUCGCGGCCAUACAUGUUCGAUCUUGCCAUUCGACGUCCAGCACCAUUGUACGAAGAUGUCUUUGAAGUUGAUGAGCGAGUCGUGUUACAGAGGUGUGGUGAUUCGCAAGUCAGAAAUAUACCCCUACAGUUCCCUGAACCUGUGGAAACGGUGGAGGGUACUUCUGGUGAAUUUGUACAAAUCAUAACGCCAUUAUACAUCGAGAGCACACGAGAAUAUUUGCAGAAUAUCUACGAGCGGGGUGUUCGAUCUGUAGCGGUAUGUCUUAUGCAUGCAUAUAUUUUCCCGAGGCACGAGAUUAUAAUUCACGACCUUGCGAAAGAGAUUGGUUUCACGCAUAUUUCACUUUCCCACCAAGUGUCGCAAAGAUCAAAGAUUGUUCCACGAGGAAACUCGACUGUCAUUGAUGGUUAUCUCACUCCCGAAAUUGAAAAAUAUCUGUCGCAAUUUAAUUCAGAUGGUGGUCUCGUGAAUGCCUCCGAACUUUCCGGAUUGCACGCAAUCCUCUCAGGGCCAGCAGGAGGUGUCGUGGGUUAUGCACAGACUUCCUACAAUCCAGAGACUAAAGUACCGGUCAUUGGAUUUGACAUGGGAGGAACGAGCACAGAUGUCUCUCGAUACGACGGUCAACCAGAUCACAUAUUCGAGACUACAACAGCCGGAAUACCUAUCCAAGCACCCCAGUUAAAUAUCAAUACAAUUGCAGCUGGUGGCGGAAGUAUUCUUGCCUGGAGAGACUCUCUAAUGGCAGUCGGACCUGAAAGUGCUUCUUCACACCCUGGUCCUGCUUGUUAUAGAAAAGGCGGCCCUCUCACGGUAACUGACGCAAACUUGGCUCUUGGGCGAUUGAUACCAGAGCAUUUCCCUUCCGUGUUUGGACCAAAUGAGGAUGAGCCGUUGGACCGUGAAAUUGUAUUGACGAAAUUCAAGCAACUGACCGAAGUUAUUAACCGAGAUACUGGCAAAUCACUGACCUGGGCCGAAGUGGCAGAUGGCUUUCUUCAGGUUGCGAAUUCUUCCAUGUGUGGCCCGAUCCGAAGCCUUACCGAAGGACGAGGCCAUGAGGCUUCAAAACAUCAUCUUGCCUCCUUUGGAGGUGCAGGAGGACAACAUGCAUGUGCUAUUGCCAAAACACUAGGUAUCAAGAAAGUACUCAUUCACAAAUACUCUUCAAUUCUGUCUGCAUACGGCAUUGGAUUAGCGGAUGUUGUUCACGAAGAGGAGAAGCCAUGUGCGAAGAUAUUCGACGAAUCCACCAAGGACACCAUUUUCUCCGAUCUGGACCUCUUAUCACAGACAGCAUUGAACCAUCAUACCAUGAGUCGAUUCUCCCGGGUUGACGAUAAUCGAUUCCUCUUUAUGCGGUAUGACGGUAGUGAGACUUCGAUGAUGAUAUCAAUUACUGAAGGAGUUGAUCCGAAGGAAGCUUUUGUUGCUGCUCAUCAACAGCAAUUUGGAUUUACUCCAGUCAACCGGAAGAUAUUUGUCGAUACACUUCAUGUCCGAGCUGUCGGUAAGAACUUCUUUGACUCUGACACCACACCUCAGACCCUUGAGACUACCCCAAAAGUCGCGUCAAACGGCGCAAUUGCGAAGCCUGAUUCAAUCAAAAGUGUCUACUUUAAGUCUUUGGGGUGGGUUGACACCCCAGUAUAUCUUUUAGGCGCUCUCUCUCAGGGUCAAGAAGUUGUCGGUCCAGCUCUUAUCGUCGACAACACCCAAACCAUCGUUGUGAGCCCUCACUGCUCCGCCAGCCCCGCCAAAGAUCUAUUAAUUCUAGAUGUGAAAGAAGAGAAGAAGUCGGUCAGCGCUACUAUGCUCGAUCCAGUUCAACUUUCCGUCUUCCGCCAUCGUUUCUACGGUAUUGCUGAACAGAUGGGACGCGUUCUGCAAAAUAUUAGCGUAAGCGCAAAUAUCAAAGAGCGACUCGAUUUCAGCUGUGCUAUUUUCUCUCCGGAUGGUUCCUUGGUGGCUAAUGCUCCACAUGUUCCAGCCAUGAUUGGCAGUAUGGGAUUUGCAGUGAAGUCACAAAUUAAAGAGUGGCAGGGCAAGCUUCGGGAUGGAGAUGUGUUGCUGUCCAAUUCACCAGCGUACGGAGGUGUCCAUCUCCCUGAUUUGACUGUGAUCACUCCUGUUUUUGAUUCCGAAAGGAAAGAAAUCAUCUUCUGGACAGCCUCGCGAGGACAUCAUGCAGAUGUUGGUGGUAUCCUCCCAGGCUCAAUGCCUCCUUCAUCCAAACGUCUGUGGGAAGAGGGCGCCGUGUUCGAUUCCUUCCUCCUUGUUCGAGAUGGAAAUUUUGCAGACGAAGAGCUUGAGCGUAUUCUCUGCGAAGAACCUACCAAAUACCCUGGCUCAAGCGGCUCAAGAUGUUUUCAAGACAACGUUACAGAUAUCAAGGCCCAAGCAGCAGCCAACCAUUGCGGUAUUCGCUUGGUCCGGCGAUUGAUUCAGGAAUAUACAAUAGAUGUGGUCCAGAUGUAUAUGGGAGCAAUUCAAGAUUCGGCUGAGUUCGCAACACGAAAUCUGUUCAAGAGGCUUCUCAAGGAAAACGGCAGUUCGACAAUCUCCGCUAUUGAUUACAUGGAUGAUGGAACCCCGAUUCAAUUGCAAGUAACCAUCAAUGAAGAUGGUUCGGCCAUUUUUGACUUUACAGGAACUGGCCCUGAAGUUUACGGAAACUGGAACGCUCCAGUGGCAAUCUGUAACUCCGCAGUUAUAUUCGCUUUACGAUGCAUGGUUGAUUCUGAUAUUCCGCUAAAUCACGGCUGUAUUAAACCCAUUACCCUAAUCAUCCCUGACCACUCCCUCCUCAAGCCCAGUGUCGGCGCAGCAGUCUGUGCCGGCAAUGUUCUAACAUCUCAACGAAUCGUGGACGUCAUUUUCAAAGCCUUCAAGGUCUGUGCCGCCAGUCAGGGCUGCAUGAAUAACUUCACCUUUGGCAUUGACGGCAAAGAUGGAUUUGGAUACUACGAGACCAUUGCCGGUGGUAGUGGAGCAGGACCGACCUGGAACGGCACAAGUGGCGUUCAUACAAACAUGACCAACACACGUAUCACCGAUCCCGAGUCGCUCGAGCGACGAUACCCCGUCAUCCUCCGUCAAUUUUCUUUCCGCAGCGGUAGUGGUGGAAAGGGCGCCUACCAGGGCGGCGAUGGAGUCAUUCGCGACGUGGAAUUCCGUAUUCCCAUGUCUGCUUCUAUUCUGUCGGAGCGUCGUGCUUUUGCGCCGUAUGGCAUGCAAGGCGGUUCUGAUGGACAGAGGGGUCGAAAUAUCUGGAUUGGAAAGAAGUCCGGUUUGCAUGUCUCGAUUGGAGGCAAGAACUCGGUUAAUGUUGAGCCUGGAGACCGAAUGGUGAUUGAGACGCCUGGUGGAGGUGGAUAUGGGGAUAUUGACAGGCAGAACACGCAGUUAGAUAUUUCCAAGACCAGUCCUUCCUUCAUGCCCGUUGCAAGUGGAAGUGUUGGAGAGUCCCGUGUUCUUGCUGAGCAAGUAUGA